CGAUAGCUGAGAAGCUCCUAGUGACUGCGACUUGAAUUUUUUGACGUUGGAAAGGGGAGAACUACCGGAAGUGCACAAAGAUUACAAGAAAGACCAAAUUCAGGGGGGCAAGCGCGCUGUUGGACAGAAUCGCUCAUUUUGAGGCGAAAUCGCUCAAGACAGAACUUGUCAAUUUCGAUAAAGUUUCGGCGCCAGCCCUAUCAGGCUCAAGGUUCAUGCAAAGUGCCGAACCGGCCGUGGAGCUCGGUUUGUGGUCCAAAACAUUUAGGACGCAAAUCGAACGUAACUCUGCCGCGGCAACGCAAGUAGCCUUGGGGUGGCAUCACACUUCGACGGCUGGCAAUUCCCGUCUGUUUUGCACGGGCGAGUUACGAGUAUCAGCGAAUUGCAACCGUGUUGAUCUCAUCUUUGGCAGUAUAUUUUUGUGUCCGGAUCAUUGCAUGUUGAGUUUUUACAGCAGUUGAUUGCAGCAGUUGAUUGCAGCAGUCCCAAGAUAUACUUGGCGGCGCAUGGGGCCCCAAAGUCUGGUCAAGAAGCCCAAAUCUGAUACAUCUUUCAAUCGUGGAUCGACGAAUCCCAUGAAUUUUC